AUGUCGCACUUUGAGAAAGUAAUCUUUGAACUAGAGGCUCGAAUGAGUAAAGACGAAGACGCCUACCAAAAAUACAUUGACCUGCUCUCCUUUGACCCAUACCGACUUGAAGUGGAAACCUUUCAAAUCUUGUCAACUAUUCGCUAUGAUCUGAGCCUAACUUCAUCUAUUCCUCAAAGCGUGGAUGAGGUGCUGAAGUUCAACUUCUUCUUGUUCAAGGAACAUAUAGCAAGACUUCGAUUCACUGCUGACUAUUUUACAUCUGCGCUAAAGCACGAAAAGCUUGUAGAUGACUUGUUCCCAUACGAGAUUACUGAGAAGCAUAUUCUUGAUCAACUCAAAAACGCACUUUUUGAGUCCCAAGUCGAACUCUACCUACCAUUAAAAGUUAGAUUACUACUCAAGUUGGACGGCGAAUUAAAGAUUGAGCUUCAUGAAACCUCCUUGAGACCCGACUUAUAUGAUGGACUCGAGAAUGAUUUUCCAGAGGAGGAUCAGUUCGACAUAUAUGUGUAUGAUACCCCUAUUCUACCUUCACCAUUCACAUCCUUCAAGACGACGAAAAGAGAAGCGUACAAUGACGCCAGAAGCAAAGCUCUUCCUGGAAUAAGGCCAGGUAAAGAGGAGGUGAUCUUGUUCAACACGAUAAAUGAAGUUAUGGAAGGCUCCAUCACAAAUGUAGCCUUCCGGAACGAUCAAGGCAUGUGGAUAACACCUCAAUUAACAACCGGUUGCUUGUGUGGUGUUACGAGAAAUCACCUUCUUCAAAAAAAUCUCAUCCGUGAGGGAGACAUCACGAGAAGUGCUCUCACCCUUGGCCAAGAAGUUCUUUUAUUCAACGGAAUAAUGGGUAUAUCUAGGGGUAUUAUAAAAGGCUUUAUUGUCUAG